UAUGGCAGUUUAAGUCUCCAAACCGAGUUUCCCGCGGAUCAGAGAAUCAUCUGCCUCUGCCCCCCAAAACAUAGACCAAUCAGAGGGAGACGAUGUUUACAGAUCAUUUUUUUACUUCCUCUGUUUCCAGAUCUCUUUUCUCUGUUCAUUCUUGAUUCUUCUUCUUUUUCUUCUUCUUCUGCAUUUCCCAUUAUUAAAUAACAAUUAAUUCUCUUCCUCUUUCUCUCAAUUUAGUUUUAUGUGUCUUGCCUCUUGUCUGGUCUUUGGAUCCCAGGAACAGUUUUGAUACUGGAAAUCCACGUGCAUUGGCUUUGCAUGGGUUUUUGAGAUUGCUGCAUUCAAGAGUUGAAUUAUGUUCUGCUGCGGAGGUGCAGAGGAAGAAAGCCAUGGUCCACCAGCUCACCAAUAUACUGCACCACCUAGAGGGGGAAAUAUGUAUGGUGGAGGCAGCGGGAGAGGAGAGCCAAGGGGUUCCAACAUGGUCAGAACUGGAGCUCCACAGCAAGUAUUACCCAUAGAAAUACCAGCACUAUCGUUGGAUGAGUUAUAUAGGUUAACUGGUAAUUUUGGUUCAAAAGCUUUAAUAGGUGAAGGUUCUUAUGGCCGGGUAUUCUAUGCAAAAUUAAGUAAUGGUCAGGCUGCAGCUAUAAAGAGGCUGGAUACCAGUUCAUCACAAGAGCCAGAUACUGAUUUUGCAGCUCAGUUAUCAACAGUUUCGAGGCUUAAGCAUGAACAUUUUGUUGAGUUGAUGGGGUAUUGUUUGGAAGCAAAUAACCGAAUCUUGAUAUAUCAGUUUGCAACAAUGGGUUCUUUACAUGACAUAUUACAUGGAAGGAAAGGUGUACAAGGUGCUGAACCAGGUCCAGCUCUAAGCUGGAACCAGAGAGUUAAGAUUGCCUAUGGGGCAGCUAAAGGCCUUGAGUUUCUGCACGAAAAGGUGCAGCCUCCUAUAGUUCAUCGUGAUAUCAGAUCCAGCAAUGUCCUACUGUUUGAUGACUUUCAGACCAAAAUUGCCGAUUUUAACUUGUCAAAUCAGUCUUCUGAUACAGCAGCUCGGCUGCAUUCAACUAGAGUCUUGGGAACAUUUGGCUACCAUGCGCCAGAGUAUGCCAUGACAGGGCAGAUAACUCAGAAAAGUGAUGUUUAUAGCUUUGGAGUUGUUCUUCUAGAGCUCUUGACAGGCCGAAAGCCAGUAGACCAUACAAUGCCCAAAGGGCAGCAGAGUCUUGUUACUUGGGCAACUCCAAGAUUGAGUGAGGACAAAGUGAAGCAAUGUGUUGAUCCUAAGCUGAACAAUGACUACCCACCAAAGGCAAUUGCUAAGUUGGCAGCAGUUGCAGCACUUUGUGUUCAGUAUGAGGCAGACUUCCGGCCAAAUAUGACAAUUGUUGUGAAGGCUCUCCAGCCACUUCUUAACUCAAGACCAGCAGGCCCAGACUCCCGUGCGUAGAAUAAUUACCACAGAAUCAGAGAAACCCGUCUUCUUUAAUUUGUAACUUUUCCCCUCUUUCUUGUAAUUGUAUUUUCAUUAUUCUACAAUUCACUGAAUUAAGCACAGCAGAAUCAUGUUCUGCUUAAGAUCCUGUGAAAUUAAAAGCAUAAUGGACUUACACCUUAUUGUGUAAUGCACGUACAAGGACUAUAGUUCAUAUUUGUUUCCCAUGUAUGAGAAUCAAAGACUAGAUUACUUCAAACAGAUCAUAUGAACGUUUGAGCCGCUGGUGGUUUUUUCCCAUUUGUUUCUGUGGGAUGUACGACAGUACAAGUAUUUAUUACUCAAUUCCAAUUAUGGAAGGGAAACU